AUGGAGCAGGGGAAGUAUGCAGUGACUCUGAUAUGGCUAUCGCAGAGCAUCUUGGACGAGCCUGAAAUGCAGGCUGGAAUGAAGUUUAUUGGACUGGGCAAUAACCUGCUGGAGUAUCCGUCAACAUUUCAGACGAUGUACUUCGCUGCCUCCACACAAGGAGUGCAGGCAACAUCGCAGAGUGCCUUCCCACCAAUUGUCAAGCAGCCCAUCCGUGCUCGCUCUGCAGAUGGGCUAGAGAUGUAUGUCACAGUGAGUUUCCAGUGGAAGCUGGAGCCACAGGCAUUAAACCCCUUGUACUACCUCUUGGGGGAGGACGGCUAUGACGAUGCUUUUGUACGUUUUGCCCGUGCUGCAAUUAUCAGUACAUGUUCGCACUACCCUGCUGACAUGUAUUUCACAAAUCGCACCAUCAUCAUCGCUGCCAUGCUGGAGGAACUUGAAAAAAGUUUCCAACUUCCGGAUAAAGGUCUGCAGGCGAACAUCAAAGGCUUGCAGCUUCAGGAGGUGGACUUGCCCGAUGAAUUUGAUGUGGAGAUCGGGCAGACACAAGCCCAAUUGCAGGAACUUCAAGUAGCCUAUGCCGAGCGCGUAGAGAGAGAAGUUGCCAUGCAAACUGAGCUCCUCGUCUCCACCCAGCAGGUACUCGGGAACUUGGAAACCCAGCGGGGUGAAUCUGAAGGAGUUCUGGAGCUCAAUCAAGCAGAGGUUGACCAACUCCUCCUGUUCCAAGAACGGCAAGCGCUUGCCAACAAUGAGAUUCUGCAGCAGUUCGAGAACGACACGCAACCCUUUGAAAGGUGCCAUUUAUCAGUGUGCUUGCCAGAGCUAGCAUAG